AUGCGAUUCUCCAUCGGCGACGUUUUGCACUUGCUUGACAAGACUCUACUUAGCCCGUUGCUGGCUUUGUCGAUUCCAAUUGCUCUUCAUGUCAGCGGCCGACAGCAGAUAGUCUUGGCCAAGGCUCCGGGCUCGACGCUAGGCUGGAAUCUUGUUAAACUACCUGCUCUCCAGAAGAAACUGAUUGCUUUCGCGGCUGUAGCUACUUUGCUGCGGCUGAACAGUAUCGCCUCGCAAAGGGCUCUCAACAAUGCAGUCGUUGCUCGCUUCAAGCCAAAGCAAGAAAUUGUGGUAGUUACUGGUGGCGCUGGGGGUUUCGGUGCCGCAGCGACUCUCAAAUUGGCUGCAGAGGGUACCACAGUUGUGGUCCUUGACGUUCUGCCCUUAACAUACACCAAACCUCCUGGUGUACAUUACUACAAAGUCGACCUGACUGAUCUGGAAGCCCUCGAGGCAGUCGCCAACCAAAUCCGCCAGGAAGUCGGCGAACCGACAGCUGUGAUUGCCAAUGCAGGAAUCUGUCGUGGCAAGCCUCUUCUGAAAGCAAGUGCAAGGGACGUCGAGUUAACCUUUGGUGUGAACAGUCUAGCCGUCGUCUGGUGUGCGAAAGUGUUCCUUCCCGCAAUGGUACGCAACAACCAUGGUCACUUCCUGAUUACGGCUUCACAAGGUGCUUUCGUUGCAACUUCUCAUAUCGUGGACUAUGCAGCCACAAAAGCCGCAGCAUUAGCCUUGUAUGAAGGAAUCCAGACAGAGCUCAAACACGUCUACAAAGCGCCAGCAGUGAGAUGCUCAGUCAUCUGCCCAGCCGUUGCAAACACCAAGAUGUUUGGAUCCGUAGUCCAGAAGGGCAAUUUCUUCAUGCCCGCGCUCGAAGCUAGCGAUAUUGGAGACAGGAUGUGCGAGAUCCUCAAGAGCGCCAAUUCACAGCAGGUCGUUAUGCCUGCUAUGGCGAACAUCGCUGUGAUACUCAGAAUGUUCCCUACUUGGAUGAGAAUCAACGCUCAGGAUGCUGCUGCGGAGGCUAUGCUGAACCUCAACCCUCACGAUCCUAUGGCCAAUAUCUAG